CGGAAGUGAGCAGUGACGGAAGUGAAGAAAACGAAAGAAGUUUGUUUAUAUCCCUUGGGCUGACUUUGUAAACAAACACUGCUUGCCCUGCUUUCUUUAUGAUGACAUAAUAACCCUCUUGAAAUUGAAAUCAAAAUCUGUAACAAUGGCUAGUGCUAUGGAGCAACUGCGAGCUAGACAAGUGAAGGUGUACCAAUCCUUCAUCACAUGCUCUCUGGAAACAUGGAACAUUGAUGAGUUCAUUAAUGGCAUGAGUAAACACGUCAUGUCUCAACCUCUUGCAAUUGAUGUUGCACCAAGUUGUUCCUGUGGACGUUUCUUUGAACAGCAUCCAACGAUUAUAGAAGAUACAGAGGAUGAGCGAUUGGAGUCCUUUUUACACCACCUGAUGGAAGGCCACUGCAAAUGUUUACAGAAAAGGUAUCAAAGUGGGUCCGAGCCUUUUCGAUCAUCAGAGAAACAAUGGAUCCAUGUAGCAGCAGCGAUCGGGAAUCUAGAGCUCUUCACAAAGCUGGUUGGGAAAUUUGAAUGUGACAUCAAUGCUGAAACGUCACUAUGUCAUUUCACUGCUCUCUCACUGGCUGUGAUGCAGACGAGAACUGAUAUAGUGUCCUGGCUGUGUAGCCAGCCUAAUCUUGACGCCAACGUCCAGUCCAAGAAUGAGAAACACACACCGCUGAUUGACGCUAUGCUGGCUGAGAAGUUCCACUUAGUGGACAUAUUGAUCACGGCCAGAGGAGUAGACCUAAAUGCUAAGAACUUCCGAGGAGAAACCCCGUUGGUGAUUGCUGUGCGGAUGGUCAACGCUCGGCUUGUCAGAGUCUUGUUGGCAGCUGGAGCGGAUUUCACCAUCCCAACAUCAGACGGUGUCCUCCCAGUCAUGUUGUCAGUCGGGUCUGGUCACCUGGUGGUCAGGGAAUUCAUUGAUGCUAAAGUUCCACUGAACAACAUCGACAAAGAUGGAGAGACAGCCCUUACCAUGGCAAUUCGUAUCAGAGCGUUGGACAUUGUGGAUAUUUUGAUCCGUGGUGGCGCCAGCUGUCGAGCCAAUCCAGCCCGCCCUGCUCUAGUCCUGGCUGCCUCUCUCGGACAACUCAAGACACUGCUGUACCUUCUGGACAUUGGUCAGGCACCAAACCAACGUGACGAUCAGGGCUGGUCUGCCUUGCACUUUGCCUGUGUCCGAGGCCAUGACAAAAUGGUAGAGCUGCUGCUUGACCAGGAUGCUGAUGUAAAUGCCUUGACUGGGUGUAACAGCAGCCCUCUGGCUCUUGCUGUCUUCAACAGACACAGCACUGUUGCCCUGUCACUCAUCGCUUAUGGCUGCCAGGUGAACACUUUUGAUGAUGAUCUUGACACUCCUCUUCAUUUUGCAACCUUCAACGGCAACAAAGAUGUUGUGCGUGCCCUACUUGACAACGGUGCUGAGGCGUGUAUGUUCAAUCGUAUCGGAGCAACUCCUUUGUUCAACGCCGUGGUGUCUGGUGUAGCAGAUGUAGUCAAGAUGCUGUUACCUCACUAUGUAGAGGAAGACCUCCAGGCAUGCAGUCAAGGCUUCGCCUACACACAGUGGGAGCUAAAAUCAGAACUUUAUUACCCCAUCCCACGUUCCAUGCUGUGGGUUGCGGCCAGUAACCUCAACCAAGAAAUUGUCUCAUUACUGCAACUGGCUGGUGUCAAUGCCACGAAAGAAGACUGGGUCAUCUCUCGUGAUUUCCCGGAGCCGCUGCAUGAGCCAGAGCAUGCUGAGAUUCGUGAGUUGCUGAUCAAUAUGGCGUCGGUUCCUCGAGCUCUUGUUCUCUUGUGUCGUAUCGCUGUGCGGAGUGCUUUAGGUGCGGGUAACCCACGUCGGGUAAACCAGUUGAGACUUGUACCUCGGAAAGUGAAGAAUUACAUCUCCCUCCGAGAGCUCUAUUCAAAUUGAAGUGUGUAGCACUGUUCAGAAAGUGGACUUUUCGAACUGAAGCUGUCAUUAAUGAUAAUGGUCAUCAUCAUCAUUGCCUUUCUCACCCUGCACCAGGGUAUAGGCCACGGACAAACACCCUCCACUUUUCU